ACCAUCCUUGCGAACAGGUUUCCUUGUGUAUGCUCGUCUAUUAAAAAACGCUACUGCUUUCAUGUACAUGUCUGUGGAAAGACGGUAGAAAUCAUGCAGAUCACGCAAGUUUAAACAAAAUCCUUUCAACACGUUAUUUCAACGCCAUGCCUGCAAAACAGUACUCUGCAGACUCCAAAACGGAUUCCCUCCUCACCAAACGACAUGUCUUGACUUGCCCCAUCACACCCGAUACCUUACGAUCCCGAUUAAAAGUGUACAAGCAAAACACCAAGAUUGGAAGCAAGAUCAAAUCCCUCACCCGCAUCGUCAAACAAAAUCAUACAUCUCAUACUCUCCGUCAGCAUCGUCGUAUCUGGGAAUCAGAGUACGAACGACUAGAAACAAGCCGAACCGCCCUAGAACGAUCCGCUCAUGAUGCAUUACGAACCUUUCUUUCCCUAUCCGACCCACACGAGUCUUUGCACACCAUGACAGAAAUAAUAGAUACAAUCCAAGACCUCGACACCGACCGAGAAGAAUGGUUUAAAAGUCUUUCAACACCCGUUAUGACCACUGUCAAGUGUCUCAAAUCUGCCAAGGACCCUAUACGCCGAAAAGAGUGUUUAGAGCUGUUAAAAUCUACCCAACACGGAAUAGAGCAGCGUCAACAAGAGCUCAUAACUCAGUUAUCCACUCUUGAUACACCCGAUACAACCAAAUCACCUUACGAAGACCUUGAUGAUCUCAUCCUAAACCCAUGGACAGAGUACGCCGGACACAUUGCCCCCUUUUUGGAUAUCCCCUGCAUAGAUCUAGGCAUCCAAGAACAACAACGCAGCAUCUACAAAGAGUUCCUCGACACAUUUUAUACUCGUCUUCAGGACCUGCGAGAUGCAGCUGGAACAGACCACUUGGUCCAUUUAGACCCCUCCAACCGUCUCCGGAUUCGUAAAAUUGUCCAAGAGUACAUGGCGACUACACACCCUCAUCGCUGGACACUCUGCUUGGACCGUUGUUCCAUUGAAUUACCCCAACUCGAUCGCAAUGUUAUCCAAUCCCACGCCCUCCACAUCCACCAAACCCUCCACACACCCUCAACACUUAAAUCCCUCAAAACAACCCUCCAAACCACACUCACCCAACAUAUUUCCGAUACAUUAACCCUCUACACGCAAGCUACCAUAGACCACCAUCGGGCUCUUGUCGCUGAACAGGAAACUCAGGACCGUAUGGAGCGGUUAGAGGAUCUUCAUGCAAGAGUGCGUACAUGGCGACAUCAGAAAAUGGAGCAAAUUCGACAUGACAUGCGUGUUGAGGAGAUUCGAUUGCGGAACCAAGAGGAGCAACGGCUUUUAUUGGAGGAACAAACCCGUCAAACCCGCCAAAAAACCCAAGAAAUGCUAAAAACCUACCACACAAAAAAACAUCAAACACUCCUCUCCCAAAUCCAAACCUCACUAGACCUCCAAGAAGCGUAUACAAUCGAAACCCUCCAUCGCAUUCAAUACAAUCAAACCCGCAUACACCACCGCCAAACCCUCCAAACCCAAAAACAACUCUCCAAAGCCCACCAAACUCGUCAAACACAUUUAGAAUCUCUGAAACUCCAAGCACGUUUAGAUGCCCUUCGCGCUACAGUGGCAGUUCAGGCUCAGAGUGAUUGGACGAGGAUUUGGGGGAAUACGGAAGCGUGGACACAUUUUCUAAAGGCUGAGAAAUCUAAACCCUUGUAUAAUAUUCCCGGAUACACAUCUCAAGACCUCCUCAAAGACCCCAGACACAAACUCUCACUUGCGUUCGCUGAUCAUGGCCUUUCAAGUACCCCAUAUGCACGCUCGAUGCUUUGUUCCAUGGUACGCGAACCGUUACGUGCCGACCAGAAAUCUGUGAUUAGGUUAGGAUGAUCAUGUUUGAAUUGGAAAAUAUAAAAGAGAACUACAUGGACGCUCUUCAUGGGCAGUGUACUGUAAAAAAGGA